AUGGGGGUGGGGCCAAGGAAGGGGGCGGGGCCAGGGCCAAGAGGAACAAGGGAGCAGCCAGAGCCGGGACUGGGAGACACUGGGAGGAACCGGAGCCGUAACCAGCUGUCCUCCCCUCCCCCAGCUGACCUUGACCUCGCCAUGACCUUUGCGGAGCUGCUGGCGCGGCUGGGGGGGAUGGGCCGCUUCCAGGUGUGGUACGUGGCCUCGCUGGCGGUGCCGCUGCUCAUGCUGGCCAGUCACAACGUGCUGCAGAACUUCACCGCGGGCGUCCCCGAGCACCACUGCCGGCCCCGCGCCGCGGCCAACGGCAGCGCCGCCGACGUCCCGCUCGUCGUCGCCAUCCCCCACGACGGCCACCAGCGGCCCCAGCGCUGCCGGCGCUUCGUGGAGCACCAGUGGGGCCUCCUGGGCGCCAACGGCACCAACGGCACGGGCGGCAGCGCCGCCACCGAGCCCUGUCGCGACGGGUGGACCUAUCGUGAUGGCAUCUUCACCCGCACCGUCGUCACCGAGUGGGACCUGGUGUGCGAGGCCAAGGCGCUGCGGGACGUGGCCCAGUCCAUCUACAUGGCGGGGGUCCUGCUGGGGUCCAUCCUCUUCGGGGUCCUGUCCGACAGGUGGGGGCGCCGGCUGGUGCUGAGCUGCUGUUACCUGCAGCUGGGGGCGUCGGGGACGGUGACGUCGGUGGCUCCCACCUUUGUCACCUACUGUCUGUGCCGCUGCCUGGGGGGCAUGGCCAUGGCGGGGGUGUCGAUCAACUCGGCCUCGCUCUGUAUGGAGUGGAUCCCCACGGGCGCCCGCGCCGUGGUCGGCACCAUCAACGGCUACUCCUACACGCUGGGCCAGUUCGUGCUGGCCGGCAUGGCCUUUGCGUUCCCCCACUGGCGCCGGCUGCAGCUCGCCGUGUCCCUGCCCUUCUUCCUCUUCUUCCUCUACUCCUGGCUGCUGCCCGAGUCCGCGCGCUGGCAGGUGAUCUCGGGGAGGCCCGACCUGGCCCUCAAGGGGCUCCGCAAAGUCGCUCGUGUCAACGGGAGGAGGGACGAGGGUGACAAGCUCAGCCCAGAGGUGCUGCAGGCCCUGGGGGUCCCGGGGGGUUCCGGGGGGGGCGUGGCCACCCUGAUCCGCAGCCCCGGGAUCCGCAGGGUGAGCGGCGGCGUCGCCUGCGUCUGGUUCUCCACCAGCUUCGCGUACUACGGGCUGGCCAUGGACCUGCAGGGCUUCGGCGUGGACGUGUACGUGAGCCAGCUGCUCUUUGCCGCCGUGGACGUGCCGGCCAAGCUGGCGUCGGCCGUGGCCGUGAUGCGUGGGGGCCGGCGCGUGGCGCAGGCCGGCUCCUUGGCGCUGGCCGGGGGCUGCAUCCUGGCCACCAUGCUGGUGCCCAAUGAGCUGCAGGCGCUGCGCUUGACCUUGGCCGUGAUCGGGAAGGGCGCCCUGGCCGCCUCCUUCAACUGCGCCUACAUCUUCACCGGGGAGCUCUUCCCCACCGCCAUCAGGCAGACGGGGCUGGGGCUCGGCAGCACCAUGGCGCGCGUGGGCGGGAUGAUGGCGCCGCUGGUGCGCGUGGCCGGCGACGUGGCCCCCGUGCUGCCCCCCAUCAUCUACGGGGUGACCCCCGUGCUCUCGGCCCUCCUCACCCUCCUGCUGCCCGAGACGCGCAACGUGCCGCUGCCCGAGACCCUGCGCGACCUGGAGAUGCGAGCCGGUCACCCCAAGGCCGCCGACGCCGCCACCGUCACCGUCCCCCUGAGCGACACCCGGGCCUGACGGGGACGCCGGUAUCUAACGAACUUCAUCAAAACGCCGGGUUUUGUAUCAAACCCAGGGGACCCAGGCGUCCGGGACACCCCCCCGCCCCAACGAGCUUAAUGAGGAUUAAGGUCCCCAAAUCAUUACCCGGACGCCUGGGUCCUGAUCCUCCGCUCCGGCCUUUGCCCUAACGCAGCUGAUUCGGCUGAAAAAUAAAG